CGAAAUGCUGACGUACCCGUCUGUCAUCCAAAUGGACCAAUGAAGUCGACGCAUUCUAAUCUUUCUUCAACUUCCGGUACCGCCUCCUUCUCUCUUCCGGAUUUCUUAGCGUGACCGACGUUUCGCGUCUGUUUAGACUUAAAAAAUGCGUUACGUGGCCGCUUACCUCCUGGCUGUGCUCGGUGGAAACACCAGCCCCUCUGCAAAGGACAUCAAGGCCAUCUUGGGCAGCGUGGGAAUUGAGGCCGAUGACGAACGCUUAAACAAGGUAUGCCAUUUAACAAUGGUAUAUUAUGUAAUUACAAAAACAGAUUUUUUUUUUUCCCACUGCAUGUCUGAAAUUAAAUCUUAUAUUUCUCUGCAGGUCAUUAGUGAGCUGAAUGGGAAAGACAUCAAUGAAGUCAUGAACUCAGGCCUCUCUAAGUUAGCCUCCGUACCAGCAGGUGGUGCUGUGGUGGCUCCUGCCGCUGCUGCUGCUGGUGGGACCGCUGGAGCUGGGGCUGCGCCUGCUGCUGUGGAAGAGAAAAAGGAAGAGAAGAAAGAGGAAUCAGAAGAGUCAGACGAAGAUAUGGGUUUCGGACUCUUUGAUUAAGCUACCUUCUCUGUUUAAAAAGCAAUAAAAAUGUAAAAGGUUUACACACA